AUGAAUUUAUGCUUCAUAUUACAGGCAGCUGAAUUAUAUUUGCAUAACGAAGAACAAAUAACGAUGAAUACGAGCGCAGCAUGUAAUCUGGAAAAAUUGGUGCAACGACUUGAGACAGCAACAUUGCGUUUGGAAGCAUUAGGUGCUCAAAAGCCAAUGUUAGCACCGAAGCCUACCAAGAAUGAUACAUCACCAAUGAUUGUUUCUUGAGGAUAA